CCAAGGAGAUUCAGGUUAGCACCAAGGUCGGAUCCGAAUGUCCGAUCAGACCUAGGCCAGUUGGCUGACACCAUUCAGGGAUAGUUCUGAUCCCUUGGUUGAUUGAUUGGUAAUACAAGGUGCAGAGGGUUAGGCUGGAGAUCAAGCGAUAGUGGCCAGGGUUCAGGAAUCGUUGAAGCCCUAGUCUAGGUCGCACGAGUUAUUCCGGCUCGAGCUCAGCGUUUCAUGCUCAGGAUUGCCAAGGCGUCCGUUCCACGCGUGCAUCAGAUCUCUCCCUUGCUGCCAACGCUAGCGGCUUUCUCUCACCGAGCGGCUUUUACGCAGCCACGAACGACAAUGUCGGCCGAUAAGGACGGAGAUAGCCGGGUGGCCGGGUUAAAGAACUCCAUCCGAGCCAUCCCUGAUUGGCCUAAGAAGGGCAUUAUGUUCCGUGACAUCACCACACUGCUGCUGGAGCCGAAGGCCUUCAAGGACUCGAUCGACAUGUUCGUCGAGCGUUACAAGGACAAGGGAAUCACUGCCGUGGCCGGAAUCGAGGCAAGGGGGUUCAUCUUCGGCCCGCCCAUUGCUCUCGCCAUUGGCGCCAAGUUCGUCUGCCUUCGGAAACCACGGAAGCUCCCAGGCGAGACCAUCAGCGAGGAGUACGCGUUGGAGUAUGGAACUGAUAAGAUUGAGAUGCACCUGGGAGCCGUGGGGCCGGACGACAAGGUGCUGCUGGUGGACGAUCUGGUGGCGACAGGUGGCACCCUCGGUGCUGGCAUCCGCCUGCUAGAGCGAGCUGGCGCGCAUGUGGAGGAGUGUGCAUGCGUCAUUGAGCUUCCGGAUCUCAAAGGACGGCAAAAGCUUGGAUCAAAGCCACUCUACGUACUGGUUGAGUAUGAGGGGGAGUGAAGAGAUGUGUUCUGGGCUGAUCGCCAUUCAAACAUGUACUGUCAUGAUUGUUUACAUUCAUUUCCCAUCCUCCAUCUGCAGUAGGAGUGGUCUGCUUGAGCACAAGGUUUCAAGGAUAGAGAAACAGGGCAAACCGUACUGAGCACUAAUGAUGAAGUACUGACACAGAACACUUGUGAAGAUACCAGGGUGAUUGAUAUGGCUUACAAAACAAAGGACCAGGGGUCCAGGGCCACCACAGAAGCAUGACGUAAAGACUUGCGCUAACUUUUGCUCAUGGUUCCACCAACUCUAGAUCCUGGUAUUCUGAGCCAGUGGAGUUACUGUCAAACAUAUCUUUGUGUGUUUUAUAGACUAUAUAGGGUUGUGCCUUAGGGAGUACAACCCACUAGGUUAUAUUCCCUUGUAUGCCAUGGUUCAGU